AUGGAUGACGGUACUUUUUUCUUCAAGGAUGAGAAGAUGCUGAUGAAGGAGCUGGGCACGCUCAAGAAAGUGUGGAAGGCGCUUAAGGCAACUGCAGUUCUUGCUCUAGAUAAGGUGGAGCUGUUGAUGGUGAGGAGCGGAAUGGUCAUUCGUGCGGGCGGUCUGCCCGAGGUACGACUACGCUGCUUGGAGCUCUGCACGGAGUACGACUGCGCUGCUCGCAGCAGCGGUUGA